AUGUGCAGUUUCUUCGGCAUCAAGUGUUGCUUCAUUUUUUUCAACACGCUCUUCUUGCUGUCUGGGGUUGCCCUCAUCACUAUAGGAGUGCUGCAGUACUCGACGUAUUCAGAUAUCGGCACCUUCACAGGGAGCAACUUGUCUAAAAUUGCUAUAGUCCUCAUUGCAGUGGGGGUCAUCAUAGCCUUCGUGUCCCUCUUGGGCCACAUUGGUGCCUUCUUUAAUAGUUCAUCUAUGGUUGCUUGUUUCAUCUGCAUCCUGAUAGUGAUCAUCCUCUUGGAGGUCCUCACAGGAGCCGCCUUUUACAUAUUUCGCAGUAGGGCCGCCCUUCUGCAGAUGGCUAAUGGUGUCAACGCCAAAGCACAGGAAGUGAUUAACGACUACAGCCCUGAGAGGAGACAUGCAAUUGACAAAAUUCAGGAAAAGUUCAAGUGUUGUGGUGCGGACAGCUAUGCCGACUGGUCCCAGAGCGCGGGCUGGGAAAAGCACGACGCCGUGCCAGAUUCCUGCUGCGUGGUUAAGAGUGAGGGCUGUGGACAGGACAAGGAGAAGGCACAUAAAAAGGGCUGCCUCUGGGCAAUCAGUUUCUUCCUGUUGAAAAAUCUGGUGUGGGUCGGCGCUGUCUGCAUUGCUCUUGGAGUCACGGAGGUUUUUGGAGUAUUAGUCGGGGUGUGCUUGUGUCUGGACAUUAAGCGAAAGAACUACGAAAACAUCAGCUAAUGCAUCAUCACUGCUCUAUUAUCUCUGGAUGCUCGACUGUGUCUAGAAAGAAAUCUUAUCUACAUACUUGCUAUAAU